AAUCGUACGUUGUUUGUCAUCCCCUACAUUCCACGUCACAUUCCCCAAAUCCCUCUGCUUAAAUCGCAAAAGGCACACAAUCUUCACAUCCUUCAAAACAAUCUUCACUCAUAAAUCUCCCCAUCAUGCACUACGCAUUCCUCACACUAUGCCUCCUGGGUCUCACCCUCCUCACCCUCGUCGAGCCCAUCCGCAAGAACACCAACAACCACGCCGCAGCCCUAGCCGACGAGGCCCAAACUUACCACGACUCUCACUCCGCAGCUGAGAAGUCGAACAAAAAGGCCGAAUCCUUCGGCUCCAGACUCACCGACGUCGUGUAUAGCUACGCAGGCCAGAUCCACCUCGCGGGAAGCAGUCCAAAUGAUCUUGGUCUCGUGGACGCUAAAUGCGCGGCUGAUGGAUUGUCCUGUAAACAUCAAGACACUUGCUGCAGCAGAAAAUGCGAGCUAAAUACCUGUCGACCAGCAUGUGUAGCAGAUGCCUUGUCGUGUGCCCAUGACGGUACUUGCUGCAGCAAUAAAUGCGAGUUGGGCACUUGUCGACCGGCUUGUGUGGCGUAUGGCUUGCCGUGUGCCCAUGAUGGUACUUGCUGCAGCAGCCUCUGUAUAAGCGGCCAAUGCCAUCAGAAUCCUUGCGUGAAGAAGGGAGGUCCUUGCUCGGAGGGCUUGCAGUGUUGUGCUGGUUUGACCUGUGCUGCUGAUGAGACUGGGACUUGUAUCUGAGUUUCUUGAUGAAGUGGGGGUUUGCUGGAAGUUGGAUUUCGCGGUUGAUCGGUUGGAAGCUAAGAGAUCCCAAGAGUUGGUGGUGAGAGGAGGCUUUGGUUUGUUAGUCAGGUGCUGAAAUUGUCUGGUGUUAAAAGUGAAUCUUAGG